AUGGCCGCCUUUGUGCGCGUUUCAGGUCCGGCAAAUGGCAAUUUUCUCAUCGGAUACCCCGGCAUCUCUGCCACCAUGCCCCGAAUCGAAGGUAAAGUCGAGAUCCGGCCCAGCGUCGGUAUCUCCGCCCCGGUCAAUGUCUCCCUAGUCACCAUAUCUCUCCUCCGCCGUGAGACCAUCCACCCGUCCGCCGACUCUGUCACAAAGAAGCGCCUGGCCCCGCCUCGCAAAGAAAUCACCGAUAUCGUGGGCAAGGAAAUGCUAUUAUUUCGAUGUCCCGCCGGGAAAGAAUACGAAGAGGUCAUUGCUAUGGAUCUACCAUUCGUCUUAUUUAUCCCAUUUGGCCGCGGCGGUCGCGAUGCUUCACGAAGAGUACCCCCCGCGAGCCUACAAUUACCGAGUCGAACGGCCGAAACAUACUAUGAGAUGGUGGUUAUGGUGCAACAAGGGCACUCUGAACAACGCAAAUACACAUUCCCCGUCCCUAUCGCCCGUUACGACACCCUUUCUACCUUUGGCAUGUAUAAUCGCCCCGAGUCGGCCGAGCGGGUAUCCGAUCAUCUCGUCACAUUAGCCAUUUCAUUACCACGAUGGUCCUACGGCCCGCUAGAUCCCGUCAGCGUCUACGUUAAACUAUCCCCGAAUCAAGACUGGAUGGGUAAGGCCCGGAAAGUCACUAUCAGCAAGAUUACCAUCGGCAUCGACGAGGAAAUCAUCUACAAUCAUGAGGGCGAUGAGCCCCAGCGUAAGGUCAAGACCUUGGCUAAGAAGACAGAGGCCGUGGGCGUCAGGUUACCCCAGUCCGGUUAUCUCACCAAUCUGGGAUUGGUGUUUCCAGCCAAGGACAUGCGGGAUUCGGAAGGUAUAUUGCCGCGUAGUCGGACGGCAUUUCCCAUGUAUGGAGUGAGUGGGUUCACGACGACGGCGAGUUUGUAUAAAAUUGAGUAUUACCUCACAGUGCGAGCACAUUUAACAUCUGCGCGAGACAUCACAAUUCGCCAACCGAUUGUGGUUUGCCCUCUUGACCAUGCUGGUUGUAAAGAGGAGAUGGAAGCGAUCGAACUAGCCGCACGAGACGCCGCUCAUGUGAACCCAGAUAACCCGAUGCUGCCUUUGCCAUCCAUCGUUCGACCCAAUGAUCCCAACGCCCUUGAUCACCUCGGAGUAGCCUUGGUUGGGAAUCAAAAGAAACCUCUGAUCGACUGA